UAAGAUGAAUCAAUUGAGAAAUUAGAGAGGUACAGACACAGAUGAAGUAUACAUUGAUCCAGAGAGAGGAAUUGCUAUUAACGCUCGAUAGAUGACCACUGAAUAGCAUUUCAAAUAUUACAAAUCCUCAUUCAGCACUAUGAGACCUGAUUUGACUGAAUAUGAGUAUGAAGCAUUUGCCAAGAGAUUACGAGUGGGUAUUUGAGAAUUUAUAAUAAAGGUGAGUCGUUCUUGAAUCACAUGAGAGUGUUUCUCAAUCAUGAAUCAGGUAGGAUUACAAAUCUUUAUCAUGUAAGUGCUAGAAUGGACAAAGCUCUGGUAUAUGAUGCAUUACUAUAAUCAAGAACUAUUAACAAUAAUACUUCCAUUUGCGUCCUCCUUUUAUUUUGGGCCACAGAUCAAAUGCAAAUAGAAAUUGGGCUGAUGCAUCAAAAGUUGUGAAUUAUGUUGAGAAGCAAUUAUUAAAAAUUACAAAAUACGGUAACUAUGUCCAAUCUAAGGUCCUAGGCUUGGAUUAUCCUAAUUAUUAUGCACCAGCAACGUCACAAGAAUUGAAACAGAGAGAAGAUGAGAUUUAUGAGAGAUUCGUCAGGGAAAUGAGAAAACCUCCUAUCGUUGCAGCGUAAUGA